AUGCUCCACCUUAGCGAGUUUUCCAACCCCGACGCGCUUCUGGUCAAGUCCACCGAGGGCUGUUGCGCCGAACCCAGCGCAGAACUGCCUCGGCUGCCCGCCAGGGACGCUCCCGCGGCCGGCGGCUAUCCCGGAGGCGACUUCUUGAGCUGGGCUUUGAGCAGCUGCGGCGCCGGGGACUUAGUCGACUCCUGCUUCCUGGAGGGGCCUGCGCCCACGCCCCCUCCCGGCCUCAGCUACAGCGGUAGCUUCUUCAUCCAGGCAGUACCCGAACACCCGCACGACCCGGAGGCACUCUUCAACCUCAUGUCGGGCAUCCUAGGCCUGGCACCUUUCCCUGGCCCUGAAGCGUCAGCAUCCCGGUCUCCGCUGGACGCCUCUUUUCCCGCAGCUUCCGAUACCUUGCUGCCGGGACCGCCGGAUCUUUACUCCCCGGAUCUGGGCGCAGCCGCUUUCCCAGAGGCGUUCUGGGAGGCCUCACCCUCAGAGGGCGCUCCGUCGCAGUGCCUGUAUGAGCCUCAGCUCUCCCCGCCCGACGUCAAGCCUGGCCUCCGUGCUCCUCCAGUCUCCCCAGCGCUGGACGCUGCCUCCUCUUUCAAAGGUCCCUAUGCUCCCUGGGAGCUGCUUUCGACCGGGGCCCCAGGGAGCUGUGGGGCACAGGGAAGCUACCAGGCCGCCCCGGAGACCCGUUUCCCUCCUUUGGGGGCCAAGGUUGAAGACCUACUGUCUAUCAGUUGCCCGGCAGAGCUGCCGGCGGGCCCGGCUAACAGACUCUACCCGACGGGGUCCUACGACGCUUUCCUGCUGGCCCCGGGUGACCUAGGGGAGGGGACCGAAAGCCUCCCUGGGCUCCUGACCCCUCCUAGUGGGGAGGGAGGGAGUAGCGGCGACAGUGGAGAGUUUCUGCCGGGUACGCAGCCUCCGCUUUCUCCGCUGGGCCUCCACGGCGCGGCGGCGGACUUCCCAAAACCUCUGGUAGCGGACAUCCCAGGGACCAGUGGUGUGCCCGAGCCUCCGGGGCCGCCGCCACCAACUCCAUUCCCUCCGGCCAAAGCUCGGCGCAAGGGGCGCCGGGGUGGCAAGUGCAGCGCGCGCUGCUUUUGCCCGCGGCCUCAUGCCAAGGCCUUCGCCUGCCCGGUGGAGAGCUGUGUGCGCAGCUUUGCGCGCUCCGACGAGCUCAACCGCCACCUGCGCAUCCACACGGGUCACAAGCCCUUCCAGUGCCGCAUCUGCCUCCGCAACUUUAGCCGCAGCGACCACCUUACCACACACGUACGCACCCAUACGGGCGAAAAACCCUUUGCCUGCGACGUGUGUGGCCGCCGCUUUGCGCGCAGUGAUGAGAAGAAACGGCAUAGCAAGGUGCACCUCAAGCAGAAGGCGCGCGCCGAGGAGCGGCUCAAGGGCCUGGGCUUUUACUCGUUGGGCCUUUCUUUCGCCGCCCUGUGA